GCAGGUUCUCUGCUGCUGUUUCUGAGCUGCAGUCAGUGUGAAUCUGAUUACUCUGAUUAAUCAUCAUGAACGACAUUCAAGCUGGGAAUCCCAGAACUGAACCUCCAGCCACAACCUCCACCCAACAAAGCUGCCAGCCGGACCUCCAUUCUGUACUGAGAGAGAUGAGCGCUAUGCUGGCAGAGCUGAAAGUUGAGCAGAGACACAACAUGGAGAGCAGACUGAGAGCCAGUGAGAGUCAAAUGGAGGAACUGAGGAAGAAGCUGGAGGAGCAGAGUCAGAAAAAUGAAGAGGAACUGAAGAACUUGAAAACCUCAUUCGACAAGCAAGUGGAGAACCUAAAACAGGAGUAUCAAGACACCAAAGUGGCGUUUUCGGCUUCACUCUCAGACGGUGAGACUGGUCAUACUGGACCAUACAACACUGAAUUUCCCCUGGUCUACAAACACGUCUUCACCAACAUCGGCAAUGCUUACAACCCAACUACAGGGUUUUUCACUGCACCUGUGAGAGGAGUCUAUCACUUCAGAUUCUCAGUCCACGGAGGCGCUGAAAGAAAUGUAGGAGUGAUCUUAUAUAAGAACAGACUUCCCAUGGCCACAACACAUGCUAUUCAACCCAAGGGCAGUGUGAGUUCCUCUAAUGGAGUCUCUGUCUUACUGGAAGUAGGUGACGUGGUCAAUCUUAAACUUGAGCGUGAUUCACAGAUAUAUGAUGAUCCGUUCCAUCAUAGCUCUUUUAGUGGUCACAUGCUGUUUUCUGUUUGAGCAAUUCAUCAUCACAUGGUCAAUGGAGAAGAAACUAUGAACUCCUGUAUUUGUGAAGAACAACUGUAUUUUUGCAUGUGUUUAUCGUUUCCUGUCUGCUCCUCAUCAAGACUAUCAGCAAAUAGCAAUUUUUAAUUUUAGGAAGGUGAAGGUUCUUCUACUAUAAUACUAUCUCAGUAUUUUCAUCAGUGUGUCAUUUUGUUCAGAAAAAAAAGUGAAUUCACAAAUAAAAAAUGUGAACUUGCUCAGA